AUUCUAUUCAAAUUUUCGGUUAAUAUUAGGCGGUUAAUAGUUCUAUUUAUCUAAUUAUCUUUGUUUUACUUGUUUGGCUGACGCAAUCGGAGAAACUCAACUUCAGGAACCAUCGGAUACGCUUUGGAAUUGAACUGAAAGCAAACUAUGAGUUUAACACCAGCGACAUUUGAUGUAUUCACAUCUCAAUCAAUGACGACCCCGAUGACAAUUUCUGAUUUAGAGAUGGUCAGUAUUCACGAAAUGGACGCAUCUAGCUACUUGGCUAUGAAUGAGGAAACCUUUGAAUGCCCUUAUAGAGAGCCUGUUCAGUAUCUUUUAAAUAAUGUUGUGGGUAAAAGCCGUGGAGCAUUUGAACUAUCGCAAGAGAAAAGCGAGAAGCAAAUAGAGUGGCUCAAGUUGAAGCUUUGUGCAUAUGAAUUUAAAAUUUUGGAUGUAGCGAAACAAACGCACAUUUCCAGUCGAGCGGUUUCAACUUCGUAUGGCAAAGCAAAACAUAAAGCCGCUGUUAAAUUACUUAAUCUUUUGGAGAGACAACUCAAAGUAGACAAAAUUCAUAUGCCAAAACAUCUCAUCGGCCUUCCAAAUUUUCGAGACCAUUCUUACUUCAUUCCUGUUUUUGUGCCAUUAUUCUGGAAUAAAAAUUUUGUUGCAAGUUUGGAUAAAGCAUUAGAAAUUGCAUCUAAGGAUAAAACUGCAUUUAAACCUUACUAUACAAUCAAAGGAUUAUUUGAAGAAUACAGGAAAGCAAGUUUCGACCCGAACUUUACACAAAAAAAUUAUCCCGGGACUAGCCAGGUGCCAGGAAAAAAGCCUGAUUUGGAAAUAGACAAGUACAUGAUGAAACUUCUUGUAAAACUAAGAGAAGAUAACAUUGAGUACGCUACACCAGGAGGAAAUCCCACAACUUUUUGGAAGGAUGUGAUGCGAACGUUGUGGACUCAGUUCGGAGAUGAAAAUCCAUUUGAACAAGCCCUCAAUUUCGAUUUCAAGACUUUAUUAUCAUGUUCUGCUUGUAAUGAAACCAAAACAGCAGCUCUUCAUCAAACAUUCAUUCCCUUGAAGGAAAAAUAUUUAAAUUUUUCUUCUUUAAACGAAAUUAUGGCAAACGAAAAAUCAUUUUUACUACUCGAUAAUUUUAACUGUGAUAAUUGUAAAGGGUCAGACUUUACAAUAAUUAAAAAAAAGUUAUCCAUUCCAUCAAUAUUAGUAUUUUUAAUUGACGGGCAAGUAACAGAUGAUUUGCCAAAUGCUUUAAAUUUGGAGUUACCGGAUUUGCUCAAUGUUUUUGGUACCCCUUUUGAAAAAUAUGCCUAUUCGAUAAGCUUUUUUAAAUAUAAAGUCGAAUCUAGUGACAUUGGAAGACAUCCCCGACAUAACGGUGGUGAACCUGGAGAUGCUAUAUCUGGCACUCAUGUCGUUCUCAACAUCAAACAUGAAGGGGUUUGGAGAGAAGUAAAUAAUGACAAAAUUCUCGAACCUUUGAGAACUUAUAAUUAUGCAAGAAAUCAAAUGUUAAUUUUUUAUCGAAAAAUAGAAUAAAAUAGCAAUUUUAAACUUUUA